CCGCCCUGCGCCCUGCCCGGCCCGCUCGGCCCGCCUGGUUUCAGAGCCCCGAGACCCGACGCCCGGCCCGUCGCCUCGCUCUCCCUGGCAGGACCGGAGCGGGCAACCCGGGAGUCCCGGCGGCCAGGGCCGACACCCCUGGGAACGGAGUCGGUGUGACCCUGACGAGCAGCUGCGAUGGGGAAGACACUGGAUCUUUCCAAGCUCACGGAUGAAGAGGCCAAGCAUGUCUGGGAGGUGGUUCAACGGGACUUCGACCUUCGAAGGAAAGAAGAGGAAAGGCUAGAGGGGUUGAAGGGCAAGAUUAAGAAGGAAAACUCCAAGAGGGAGCUGCUUUCAGACACAGCCCACCUGAGCAACACCCACUGCGCCCGCUGCCUGCAGCCCUACCGGCUCCUUGUGACCCCCAAGAGGCAAUGCCUGGACUGCCACCUCUUCACCUGCAGAGGCUGUGGCCACCCCCACCCAGAGGAGCAAGGCUGGCUCUGUGAUCCCUGCCACCUGGCCAGGGUCGUGAAGGUGGGCUCCCUGGAGUGGUACUACGGGCAUGUGAGAGCCCGCUUCAAGCGCUUUGGGAGCGCUCAGGUGGCGCGGUCCCUCUGCGGGCGGCUGUGGGGAGCAGGUUUACCUGAUGGAGUGCGGAGCGCGCCCGACCUCCACAGUGGAGUCACGCAGGCAUCCACUGCAGGUGGGCCUGAGCAGAUGCCCGGAGACCCAAGUGGAGAGGAAGAGCAGACUGAUGAGGAUGGAGAAGGGGACACAGCGGCCCAGGCCCAACCCCUUGGCAGCCAAAAAAAGCGCCUCCUCCCCGUCCACAGCUGGGACUUUGAGGCCGACUCUGACGACUCCGAUCCUUCCUGCGGUCCCCCGCCGAGCCUGUCCUCGGUCUCAGGGGCCACGGACAGCCUGCAGGCCCUCACAGAUGACCCCUGCGUGAAGGAGACCACCUCCCAGGAGGCCGGGAUCCUGGACCAGGCUGAUGCCAGGGCCCCUGGAUGCCACACCCAUCCAGAAGAGCAGAGGGUCGGCCUCUCGCCUGCCCGACUAGACGAGCUCUCAGAGCUCUGCCUGCCGGGGGAGUCCUGCACUGCAGGCCCAGGGGUCCCUGCCACUCCCGGGCCAAACAUCCUCAGGAGUGAGCAGCUGCCCUCCCAGUAUCUGGCCGACGUGGACACCUCGGAUGAAGAAAGCAUCUGGGCUCAGAGAGUGGCCUCUCACCAUCCCAGACAGACUGGCUGGACCACAUCUGAGAACCAGCAUCCAGGUGGCGACGAGCCCACCGAUGCUGACGCGGAAGAGGCGGCCCUCAAGAGAAAGCUGGAGGAGCUGACCAGCCACGUCAGUGACCAAGGGGCCUCAUCCGCAGAGGAAGAGGGCAUGGACGCAGGGGCUGGGAUGGGCAGAAGCAAGCCUGCCGAGGACCACCCUGGGGCCACACGGGAGGUGUGCAUGGCUGCAGGCCAGACCCCCAGCCGGGAAAAGGACCCUCUGAGUCCUGGGGACCCCGAGCAGCCCAUCAGGACCACGGAGGCGGAGCUGGCGGAGCUGGAGGGCCGAGUGGCCGCCACGGCCUGUGAGGUGCGGCGGACAGAGAGCCAGGUUUCGAAUAUCGAGUCCAGGAUUGCAGCCUUGCGGGCAGCGGGGCUCACCGUGCAGCCCUCGGGAAAGCCCCAGAGGAAGUCUAACCUCCCGAUCUUUCUCCCCCGGCUUAUCAGGAAAUCUAGCCAGAGUCUGAUGGAUCCAAAUGCAGACCCUUUGAAUGAGGCCGAGGUGGAGGCUGUGCCCUGUCUCAUGAAUAGGAAGCUCAGCAAUUACCCCAAAAGCCAAGACAAAGAUGAUGACUCCUUCAGUCGGAAGUCCGUGUACCGCGGAUCCCUGACCCAGAGAAACCCCAACGGCAGGAAGAGAGCUGCCAACCACAGCUUUGCGAAACCCGUGAUGACCCACCAGCCCUAAGAGGAGAGGUUCGCCAGGACGGGACACCCACCCCCUUCCCCUCCACCUCGGGCACCGCGUCCCGCCUCCUGCCCCGCGCUUUCCGCUGCACACAGCCCAGUGGAGGAAGAAGAAGAGACCCUUAGCCCGUGUUGGAAACCCACCCGCGAGCUGUCAGCAGUUCUCAGACCGUCAGCUCUUCGCCCAAGUUCAUGGACAACCUCCAAGGCCACCUGGUCCGUGGCUGCUCUGAUUCGUAAGAGGCAUCUAGGCUGUAUGUCUUUCCCUUAGGGCACUGUGGUUUAAGCUUUCUGAAGAGCACAAAGAAGA